GAGGCUCCCGAACCAGUCGGCCGAGGCGGCGCAGCCAGCUCCCCCGCGCCCUAUGUGAGGGAAUCGGGGAGGCCCGCGGCGCGCCGGGGAGGGCGAGGCAUGUGCACGGGCCGGAGGGUGCUGCGGCCGCCCGAGGAAGAGGAGGACGGCGGCGGCGGCGAGGAGAGCGGGGGGCUCGCAGCGGCGGGCCCGGGCCGAGGGGAUGCAGCGGACUGUGUGUGUCUGGCUGUAGCUGACGGGAGGCGGCGAGGAGGCGCCGGAGAUCCGCGAGAGGGGCGACCAGGAGGCGCGGCGGUGGCGGCCGCGAGAAGUAGCAGCAGGACGGGCGGCGGCGGCGGCGGCGGAGACGGAGACGGAGACGGCAGCCCUGAGAUGCAUUUUCCUCUCCAGCGGCCAUGUUAACCAGGAAACCUUCGGCCGCCGCUCCCGCCGCCUACCCGACCGGCCGAGGAGGGGACAGCGCCGUUCGCCAGCUUCAGGCUUCCCCGGGGCUCGGUGCGGGGGCUCCCCGGAGCGGAGUGGGGACCGGCCCGCCCUCCCCCAUCGCCCUGCCGCCGCUCCGGGCCAGCAACGCUGCCACCGCAGCCCACACGAUUGGCGGCAGUAAGCACACAAUGAAUGACCACCUACACGUCGGCAGCCACAGCCAUGGACAGAUCCAGGUUCAGCAGCUGUUUGAGGAUAACAGUAACAAGCGGACAGUGCUCACAACACAACCAAAUGGGCUUACAACGGUGGGCAAAACGGGGUUGCCGGUGGUGCCGGAGCGGCAGCUGGAGAGCAUCCACAGGCGGCAGGGGAGCUCCACCUCUCUGAAGUCUCUGGAAGGCGUGGGGAAGGUGAAAGCCAUCCCCAUGACACCCGAGCAAGCGAUGAAGCAAUACAUGCAAAAACUAAGCAGCUUCGAACACCAUGAGAUUUUCAGCUACCCUGAAAUAUACUUCUUGGGUCCAAACGCAAAGAAGCGCCAGGGCGUGACAGGCGGGCCGAACAACGGUGGCUAUGACGAUGACCAGGGAUCCUACGUGCAGGUGCCUCACGAUCACGUGGCUUACAGGUACGAGGUCCUCAAGGUCAUUGGGAAGGGGAGCUUUGGGCAGGUGGUCAAGGCCUAUGACCACAAAGUCCACCAGCACGUGGCCCUGAAGAUGGUGAGGAACGAGAAGCGUUUCCACAGGCAGGCGGCCGAGGAGAUCCGCAUCCUGGAGCACCUGCGGAAGCAGGACAAGGACAACACCAUGAACGUCAUCCACAUGCUGGAGAACUUCACCUUCCGCAACCACAUCUGCAUGACGUUCGAGCUGCUCAGCAUGAACCUCUACGAGCUCAUCAAGAAGAACAAGUUCCAGGGCUUCAGCCUGCCUUUGGUUCGCAAGUUCGCCCACUCCAUCCUGCAGUGCCUGGAUGCUUUGCACAAAAACAGGAUAAUUCACUGUGACUUGAAGCCCGAGAACAUUUUACUGAAGCAGCAGGGUAGAAGCGGGAUUAAAGUGAUUGAUUUUGGCUCCAGUUGUUACGAGCAUCAGCGGGUCUACACGUACAUCCAGUCCCGUUUUUACCGGGCCCCGGAAGUGAUCCUCGGCGCCAGGUACGGCAUGCCCAUCGACAUGUGGAGCCUGGGCUGCAUCCUAGCGGAGCUCCUGACUGGUUACCCCCUGUUGCCUGGGGAGGAUGAAGGGGACCAGCUGGCCUGUAUGAUUGAACUGCUGGGCAUGCCCUCCCAGAAACUGCUGGAUGCGUCCAAGCGAGCCAAAAAUUUUGUGAGCUCCAAGGGUUAUCCCCGUUACUGCACUGUCACGACUCUCUCAGACGGCUCCGUGGUUCUCAACGGAGGCCGUUCCCGGAGAGGGAAACUGAGGGGCCCACCGGAGAGCAGAGAGUGGGGGAAUGCACUGAAGGGGUGUGACGAUCCCCUUUUCCUUGACUUCUUAAAACAGUGUUUAGAAUGGGAUCCUGCGGUUCGCAUGACCCCUGGCCAGGCUUUGCGGCAUCCCUGGCUGAGGAGGCGGCUGCCAAAGCCUCCGACGGGGGAGAAGACGUCAGUGAAAAGGAUCACCGAGAGCACUGGUGCUAUCACAUCCAUUUCCAAGUUACCUCCACCUUCCAGCUCAGCCUCCAAACUGAGGACUAAUUUGGCACAGAUGACAGAUGCCAAUGGGAAUAUUCAGCAGAGGACAGUGUUGCCAAAACUUGUUAGCUGAGCUCAGUCCCCCGAUGCUGGUAAUUCUGAAAGAUACGACAUUGCUGAGCCUUACUGGGUUGAAAAGGAGUAGCUCAGACCUGUUUUUAUUUGCUCAAUAACUCGACUCAUUUGUAUCUUUUUGGCACUUAUUUUAAUGUAAGAAGGUUGUUUGUUUUGUUUUUAUAAAAUACAUGGGGACAAUGCUUUAAGUUUUUAUACUUUCUGAAACUUUUUGUGUUCUAAAAGUACGAUGAGCCUUACUGUAUUUAGUGUGGCAGAGUAAUAAACAUCAGUGGCAGGCCAUUGAUUAUGUCAUGACUGCCGCGCAUCUACAGAUUGGUGUCAAAGACGUUCACUAUGUGUUCAUGGUUCAUAGUAUAUUCUCCCCAAGGUGAUUGCCUCUGAAGGCCCCCCCUUCUCUCUCCACGCUUCAGGUUCAUGCACAGGUGCAACCUGUCCUGCUUCCGUUUUCCAUAAGUUACCCAGGUGGUAGUGAUGGUGGGAGGAGAAUGGUCAGGAUGAAAAUGAUAUUCUAAGAAAAACUGCACCUUAGAGAUUUUUCCCUAAAAUAGUGCUCAGAGACAAAAUAAAAUCCCCACAGUUGAAAUGCCCAGUUAGCAUUCUGACAUUCUAACGGCCGGCCAAGCAGACCUGGUGGAUGAAUGGAAACGUGUGUUCCUCCAGAUUCUCCAAUGUGAUCAGCGAGCUGUUUUGCAAAGAAGCCUUGUUUAACAAAAUUGGUUUUGCACCUAAAUUUAGAAAUGUAUUACAUGAACUGUUCCUCCCCUCUCUUUGCUCUUCUCCCUGCUGUUCUUCUUUCACCACACAUCUGUUGCUUGCAUUUAAUUCCUUUUUCUUCCUUCAAAUAUAUAUCCCAGACUCCUGAUACAGAAGAGAGACAUUUUAGCUGUGAUUAUGACCAUCUUUUCAUAUUCCACUUUAAAAAAGAACAGCCUAGCUACUUAAGGUGGGGAUUUCCAUAGUUCCAAAGACGGUUUAGCAGAUUAGACUGAGUUCACACUUUUCACGUGCCACAGUAAGGUUCUCUUAGCCUGGGAGAGCAUCAACUCUUUAAAAAGAGAGAGUUGAAAAUCCUCUUCGUGAACAGACGUCAUUGUGCUUGUUCAGCAAGGCCAAUUUUAACAACAGAUUCGAAGGAGGAAAAGUUCAGCCUCAAGUGAAAUGGUUUGAUUUGCUCUAUGCAUCAUUAGAAGAACCACAGACAUUACAUUCCUCUGUUUUAUUUUACUUUCGUUUGGAUUGCACUGAUUGUUUUUGUGGGAAUGACACUUUACCUGGAAAAGUAACUGAGAGUUAGGUAAAAGAAUAUUUUCUCCUCUGAAUAAUAAUUAUUUUCACAGUGAAAAUUUCAGUAUUUUAUCACCAAUGUAUGAGCAGUGGUAUAUAUCAAUUUCAAGGCACGUGGAAAAAAUUUUUUAGUAUGUGCAAUUUAAUAUAGAAAGAUUUCUGCCUGUUUGGACAAUAGGUUUUGGGUAGUAUAAAUUAGGAUAAAUACUCUUUUAUAUGCACAGAUAUUAUUGUAUUGAUUGCCUGUAAAUUGAUUUACGAGUACUUAAAGCAUGGUCCCCAGCGAGGCCAAGAAAGUUUCCGGUUAAGUUCUUUUAAUAUUAAUCCUACAGUUUCUCUUUUAAGAAAAAAAAGGUAGUUUUGAACAAAACACUUCACUUAUCUUGAGGCUUUGUCAGUUGAUGGUGGAGAAAAAUGCUCAGGAACUAUUACAGAUAUUUGCCAAAAAAAUCAGUAAUAAGAUUAGCUUAUUAAUAAGAUAGUGGUGUUGAUAUUUGCUUUACUAUUUAAGGGUGUCACUGAUAAAUUAAUUUAUACUUCUGUUUCUAGAAAUUAUAGCUUCUUUCCCCUAGUCAAAUUCUUUAGCCUGUUGUACACAUUUCUGUGUAAUCUGUGGAAGUGCAAUAAUGUUAGUAAGUUGCAUUUUAAAUGAUGCUCAUGUGAUGAUACCCCCCAAUCAGUGGCUUAUAGAAUUUAAAGAUUGUGUAUUUAUUAUUAAAAUUCUGGCUUAAAGGCAUAAGAAGCGGCUUUGUAAAACCACAAGCCUCCUAAGAUGGUUAGCGUCUUUAAGUCAUUAAAAUAAACAAAACAUUAAGGCUGUUUUCCCCUUCCAGUGUUCCUCUUCCAUCGUAUCCACUCUUGAGAGAUUUUCACUUUUAGUUUUAAAUAUAUGAACCUGAGCCUGCCAUUAAUAUGAAUAUCCCUAUAAAAUGAUUAUCCGUGUGAAAAUUUAUAAAUGGGCUAAUACUGCUUGUCUUCUCCCUCACCACACAAAACUGGUCCUUAAGAUGCCAACAGUGCAUUUGUGACUAUCUCUAUUCACAAAUGUAACCGGAAACUUUUAAGCCAAACUAUAAUGUGCAGCACUAUUGGGGCUCCCCCAACACCGCACCCCCUAAAUACAGGGAAAUUUCCCUUAUUCACAAGAGCCGCCAUGUUCAGUGUUUAGUGAUAGAGCUGCUUUUUAAUUCUAGCUUAGCUAUAAUGUCAAAAAAACCCAACAAAACUGUUGCAUCCUUGUGAUUUUAAAACACAAAUGAAGGGCUCCGAUAGGCUACUAGGAGUUGGCUUGGAAACAGUCCUUGGUCUCACAGGUUACCAUUGUCUAGGGAUGUCUGAGCUGUUUUCAGAUUUAGGAAGAGCACAGUGUGGUCUUGUCUUCGGUUGCGGUCUCAUCUGGCUCCGUUUCUUGCACCCCCAGAGCGUGCAUUACCACUUAAGUGUAUUGCUACAACAGUGGAACAACAGUGAUGGAAGACAGUGUAGAUUAACAGUAGAGGAGAAAUUGUGCCCUUAGUGAUAACAAUGUGCCUUUUGUUCUGAAUGCCAUGUUGUAGGGCAUGCAUUUUUUGGCCUCUUUAACUCUUUGAAUACUAGAUGGAACCCACCUCUGCAAAGAUACAUCUGUCUUAAACAUCCAGUUACUUACAGGCCUUAAUAGAAACCAUAAGGCGCGCGUCAUCGUCAGGCACCGAGAAAGGUAACCACUGGUUAGUUACACAGGGAAUUCCUAUGUUUAAGGGGUUAAAGAUGGUCUUUGUUGUAUCUUAACAUCAGACUGAUUUUUUAAACGAUAUUUUUUUUUGUUAUGCUAACACUAGACAAAAAUCAACUGUAUUUGUAAAAAUUUACCUCAAACCAUUUAAUUUUAUAGUGUGAUUAAUCCCAGGGCAUUUGGUAUGAACCAAAGUGCAUUCCUUUUAUAUGUGCCUGGCUCUAGUAAGGAUGGCCAGGGAUUUUUACAAUUUGGGUGCAAGGCACUUAAGCCACUUUUAAACUUCCUAGGUGGUUUGGAGUCAUGUGGAAGGACUCCAUCAGAAUGUUAGGAAACACUUUAGGCAUCAGUAGCAUUGGGCCAUAUUGGAAUCUUCAAAGUGUGAAUUAUUUUCAAGAGAGCAUUCAUUUUUGUAAUUUUUUUCAUCAAGAAUAUUCUGGUAAGCAGAAGACUUUAAACAAAAAACUGAUUAGGUUGGUAAAGGUUUUAAUAUUGCCCAACAUAAUGCUGUGGUAGCAUUAAAAAAAAAUAGUAUUUGUGAACUCUGUUUCUUAGGGGCUUGUACAUCUCUCUGCUAUGGACAUAGAUAAAAUGAAUUGUAACUAUACUCAGCUCAACUGCUACAGUUAUGUCUAGGCAGUGGCUUGGGUUUCUAUCGAGCAACAACUUAGACACGUGACUGUAAUAUGCUGCAACUGUGUGUACUGAAAAUAUGUGAAAAUGGUUGAAUGUGGACUGUGUAUAUAUGUAUGUAAAAAUUUCUGUGGGAUGCUGCUCUCGCCACUUAACAUGAAAUAUGUUCUAGUGGAUUUUAAUCCUAGUGGCCAGUUCUAUGAUACUGUAUGUAUUGUACAGCUGAUGACAGGAGUAAGACUGUUCAGUGAAUAUUUGUUAAAUUUUAUUGUCGUGGCCAGAGAUAAUUUCAGAAUAAAAUUUUAAUGUCCUACCUUACUUUUCUCCCCUUUUCUAACUAUAAUUUUACUCCUGAUCUAUUUCUGGUAUUAGUCUUGGUCUGGUAGCCUGGAGAGAGUUUAGAAUACAAACAUUUUUCAGCAAUCACUGAUUUUCUUUUAUUAGUUCAAUAUAAAUGUACAAAUUCCAAGUCAGAAAGACUAAAGUUUUAAUAGGUAACUCUUUCUUUUCUCAGGAUAUUCUGUUCUUCUACCUUUAGUAUUUCUGUGUUAAUUUUCCUUUUUAGAGCCUCUGCUAUGUUCUCUAUCGUAUAGAUCCAGUAUCUUGCUAGAACUUCAAAAAAACACUUUUUUUAACCAAGUUGAUAGUUAAGCUGUUGGAGCAGAGUCUAAAUUAUUUCCCACCAGUCUUCAUUCUUUCCUGUACGCAAGUCCUGGUAAAUUACUCUUCUGUGCUCUCACCACCUCCCCCAUAGGCUUUUUAAUGCUUAUGCUUUUGCAGUUCUCCUACUUGGUGGUCUCUUUGGUUCACAUUUUUGGGAGUUUUAGUGGCUCCUCUAGUCAUGGCUGGAUCAGAAAAUAAGGCCUGUGAACUGCAACUAGCUCAUGAUUUGUCAAGUUCAGUUAAUACCAAGCUAAGAGUUUACUCACAGAUGACAACAAGCAGAUGCUCUGGAAAUUUGUCAGACAUGUGCAGGGAUAUUGUGUCGACAAAUAUUUCCCACUUGUGGAAAGAACUACCUCACGUUUUUAUUUACACCCCUCCUGCCACCAACAGUCAAGGAAUUACUUAUUGUGGCUUCCUGCAGCAGAAGUGGGAUUUGCUAAAACAAGGGCGUACUGUAGGGGUUCCCAAUCCCAGACUUGGUUUUAUCAUAGCCCAGGUCAUAGACUUUCAUAAUUGCUUCUCUCGCUUCUCAGAGUUCUUACCCGGUGAAAAAAUACCAACCAACCGAGAAACCCAAUAUAUUUAGAUAUAAAUUUUUAAGAGAUGUACAUUAUGUAUAAGUUGAAAGUUGAUGCUAAAGCAGCAAUUUAAAUUUAAAAUAUCGUCCAGAUCUGGCAGAGCAGAUGAGAGUUCCCCACUCAUUCUCUAUCACCAGAUCGUCUCAAAGCUCUUUCUUAAAUUGAUGUAUGUUACAUUCUAUUUGAAUUUCUGUGCUCUUCCCUUUUGGAAUAAAUAACUACACAAAUAAAUAUUCUUGGAACCUCAAAGUUGCCUUCAAACGAGCACUGGCAGAUGUUCCUAGCUGGCAUUGGUAUUGGUCUUUUAGAGAAAAGGGAAAUCAGUUUAUUUUCUGUUUUGGAAAGAGAGCGUUGAGAGAGAGAUUUGAAGAAAGGGUAUUUGUGACUUUUCAUUGUUGUUUUAAAAAAGCUUGAAUUACACUGCGUUUCCUUUGGGCCAUUAGGCAAAUAAACCCUUGUCAUUAGUGAUGCUUAACACCUUCCAAAAUGAAAAAUGACUUGCCAGUGUGUUACACAUACAUAAGAAAACUGCAUCUUACUGCAAAGGAUUUGGUUUAUUUGUUUUGACUUUCUCUUAGUGUUUUACUGUGGUCAUAUCCUUAAUAUCUGCGCUACAUUUCAUGUGUAUGGGGGGGAAGGGACAUAAUUGCCAUUCCUUUGCAUCUCGAGGAAGUUUAAUGAGCAAACUAAUGAAUUAAUAUUCAUUCCUCCGAGGAAAGCUGACAUUUUAGGAGUAUUAAGCAGCCAUCUAUAAUAGGGAGCAGCAGGAUAUAUAAUAACUCUCACGUGUUCCAGGGCAUUGCUCCUUAUGAAGAAAGCUUCCCAGAUCUCAUGGUGUUGUAUGAACAUCAGUCCGGCCUUCUACAUCCCUGUGAGCUAUAAUUACCCUCAUUUGAUAUUUGAGGAAACUGAAGUGACUUGCUCCAAAGUGACCUUGCAAAAGCAGUUUGGGCCUCAGGUUGCAAUCAGAUAAAGAACUUUGGUCUUGGACAGUAAAAGAAAAUCCCUAAUUGUACAUCACAGCCAAAAAUUUAGAAAGGGGAGAAAAUUUGAGCUAGCAGUGGGCAUUUCUAUUAUUUGAAUAAAUUGUAUCGGUUUCCAGGAAUAUUUUUUAAAAGGGGAGAGAAACUACAAAAAAACUGAGAACUAGAGCAUCUUAGUCUCUUUUGGCUUAUUUAAUAACUAAAAUGCAUUUUGUACACACCCCUCAGUUAAUUUAAGACAGAGGGACUUAUAUUGCCAUAUGUGGGGAGAUUAAUUUACUGCAGUGGUUUUAUUCUUUAGUUUUUUGUUCUUAAAAUAUGCUUUUUACAUUUGAAUAUAUGAAAAUAUUUCUGACUUGUUACUAAAUCUCAGGGAUUAAAAGUUAAAUUUUACUGACUGUAGCAGCAGGUAAAUCUCUUAAAUUCAAACUUACUCAGGCUUCCUCUCCUUUGCCUCCCUCUUUAAGAAAAAUAGAAUGCCGGCCAGGGAAAUACAUAAAAAUUAAAAUUCCAAA